CAAAAAUAGGCUUCUUCUUCCAAAUUCACAGAUUCUCUUCUCCUCCAUUAGAACUUGUCUGAUUCUCUCAAGGUCUCUCUCUCCAUUUUCUCUCCUUUUCUUCUCCUGAAUCUCCGUUAAACUAUUUUUUAUCUUCAUCGAUAGAUCUAGGGUUUAUUGCUUCAGGAUUCUUCGACUUUACACUAUCCUUGUUCUGCUUGUAAUUUGACGUGUUGUUAUUAUCUUCCAUUGGUGCAGUUCAGCUUCUCCUGCUUUGAAUUCUCUCGCAUUUUCGUAAAUGAGAUCAUCGUAGAUCGUGAUAGAAGAAGCGAGCAAAUAUGAGCGAUGCCCAGAAGUUCCAGCUUGGAACAAUCGGCGCUUUGAGUUUAUCCGUUGUGUCCUCUGUUUCGAUCGUGAUCUGUAACAAGGCCCUUAUUAGCACCCUUGGUUUCACAUUUGGUAAGAUUAUGUGUCUACUAAUUCUGGUUUGAUUCCACAGGAAACUAUUCGAGGUAUCUAGUGGCUUUGAAUCAUACUUUUUGUUUGUGUGUCCCAGAAAUAAGGAAACUUUUUGCUUCUUUAUUGAUUGAAUCUCUACUUUAGUUCUUCUUUACCAUGGGUGAACUCCAUUCAUGAUAACAGUUUAUGCAUGGAAUCUCAUAGUCUAUCUGUGUGUAAUCAUUUAUUACUUUAUAUUGAACUUACAGCAACUACUUUGACAAGCUGGCAUCUUUUGGUGACAUUUUGUUCACUUCAUGUGGCAUUAUGGAUGAAGUUUUUUGAGCACAAGCCUUUUGAUCCACGAGCUGUCCUGGGAUUUGGUGUAUUAAAUGGUAUAUCCAUUGGAUUAUUAAAUCUCAGCUUGGGUUUUAAUUCUGUUGGUUUUUACCAGAUGACAAAACUUGCAAUCAUCCCCUGUACUGUUGUCUUAGAGACCAUCUUCUUCAGAAAGAUGUUCAGUCGAAAAAUCCAGUUUUCAUUAGUCAUCCUUCUCCUUGGUGUUGGAAUUGCAACCGUAACAGAUCUCCAGCUUAAUAUGCUGGGUUCUGUCUUGUCGCUACUGGCUGUUAUCACAACUUGUGUUGCCCAAAUUAUGACCAAUACGAUCCAGAAGAAAUAUAAGGUUUCAUCCACCCAACUUCUGUAUCAGUCUUGCCCAUAUCAAGCAAUCACACUUUUUGUUACUGGCCCAUUUUUAGAUGGUCUCUUAACCAACCAGAACGUGUUUGCUUUCAAAUACACGUCUCAAGUUGUGUUCUUCAUCGUCUUGUCCUGCCUCAUAUCUGUUUCAGUAAACUUCAGCACGUUUCUCGUCAUUGGAAAGACAUCUCCUGUCACUUAUCAGGUUCUAGGACAUCUAAAAACAUGCUUAGUGUUAGCAUUUGGGUAUCUUUUGCUGAAAGACGCAUUCAGCUGGCGCAACAUUCUUGGUAUUCUUGUCGCCGUGAUUGGAAUGGUGCUUUAUUCCUAUUACUGCACACUCGAAACCCAACAGAAGGCCACAGAAACAUCAACUCAAUUGCCUCAGAUGGAUGAAAACGAGAAAGAUCCGCUAGUUAGUGCGGAAAACGGGAGCGGAUUGAUAUCAGACAAUGGAGUGCAAAAGCAGGAUCCUGUAUGGAAUUCAAACAAAGAUUUUCAAGCGUAGAGCUGGAGCUCGAUAUCUGAAAUCUGUUGUAGUAUCAGAUUUCAUAGGUUUCCGUUUGUCAACUUUGAUAUCUCUCUUAGAGAGAAUCUACAGCUUCCCUUUCAAAGGAAGGGGGGAGAGGAUUAGAGGAGGAACAGCUUUUUGUUGAUCCAUUUCAUAUACAUAUUACCAAUUUUGGCUUUUAUAGGUUUGUAUCCAGAAGGCCUUUUCGUGGCUACGAUUAAGGAAAAUACGAAAACAAAAGUGAAUUUUACUACUUUUGUAGCAUGGUUUAUUCUACUUUAUAUACCUAAGAAAUAUGAGCAACAAUUACUUCUGUAAUGACUUUUUACUACUUCG